AUGCCUCCCCUAAGCCUAUCGAACGAACUUCUCCUAGAAAUCGCCGGCUAUUUCAAAUACGAAAGCGACAUCAACUCCCUUAUGCAAGUCACUGGCCGACUAUACUACCUGCUAGCUCCAUAUCUGUAUCAAUUCAAUGCUCGUUACCAUAAGGGCUCAGCCCUCAAAUGGGCAUUUGAGAAUAACAGGGCAUCAGCUGUUCAAAAGGCCCUAGAAGCCGCCAUUCCCAAAGCCGGGGAAACACUGAAGAAUAAUACUAGAACGGAGUCGAUGGAGGGAUUGGUUGUCCUCAGUCCGGGGUGGAACCUUCAACCCCAGAAGAGCGAGGGGGGCGACUGCAAACCCAAAUACUGGCUUCGGAUCAAACAGAGGUCUUCCUUAUACAAAGUGCUGGUGAAUAAUCAGGGGCCCAUGUUGCAGGUCGUGGUGAAUUGGCAUGAGGGUAAUUGA